AUGAAACUCACACAACUCGAUCUCUCGCACAAUAACCUUUCUGUGAUUCCGACAUGGGCACUGACCUAUCUUCAUAAUCUUCAAAUUUUGCACCUCGAAAACAACAGAAUCGAUGUUCUUCGGUCGAAUACGUUCGAUGAAACCCAGCUGAACAACUUGCAGUUCCUAUAUUUGGACAAUAAUCAGCUUCGAAUAAUACCCAAUCUUGCAUUCAAUCAUCUUCGUCUUGUAGUCUUGAUGCUGGCUAACAAUAGGAUAACAGAAAUUCAGAAGAUGUCCCUACCCCACACACUGAACUUUUUGGUUCUCCGCAACAAUCUAUUGACUCAGAUCCCAUACGUUGCUCUGAAUGACUUGAAAAUGUUGCAAUCAAUUGAUUUAGAAGGUAACAACAUAACUCAUCUAUUGGAUACAAACGAAGUAACUUUCGAGUCUGAAAUGAAAGUGAUUUUGAGAAACAACAAAAUUCGCCGACUCGAUAAGAACUCGUUUCGAAGUUUUCGAAAAAUUCGAGAGCUUGAUAUCAGCUACAACCAAAUUCAAACUAUUGAGGAUUCCUCCUUCGAAACUGUUGGGCAUAUGCAAUCUUUAGACUUGAGCUACAACAAAAUUGCUUAUCUGCCACGUGGAAUGCUCAAAAACUUUGCAAAGACAUUGAAAACAUUGAAGUUGGCAGAGAACAUGGUGCACGCGACUCCAGAAGCACUCCGCGAUUUGAGAAAUUUGACUCAUUUGAAUUUGAAUGGAAAUAAACUGAACCGGAUCGAUGGUGAUGUUUUGAGAGGUUGCAAGGAUACACUAGUGGAGCUAUUUAUUGCUAACAACUAUUUGGAAAACAUCCCUCAUGGAGUUCUCAGUGGAAUGAAGCAACUCGAGCAUUUGGAUAUCUCGAAGAACAAGAUAAUGACAUUGAAGAAGCCGUCGUCAUUGCUUUCGAUUACAACAGAUGAAAACUCGAGUGUACGUCGUUUGAAUUUGGCUGGAAACAGAAUCAACAACAUGAGCGAUGUUCACAUUUUUGAGCAUAUGCCUUUUCUGACCUACGUUGAUGUUUCUUUCAAUCGAAUUCGAUUCAUUUCACCAAGAGUUUUUGAAAAACUCAAGAGUCUGGAGAGCCUCUUCUUGCAAAACAAUCAAAUGACCCAUUUCCCAUCAUUAUUUCGAUUGGAAAAACUUCGUCAUCUGAUGUUGGACAAUAAUCAGAUUCAGAAAAUUGACAACUUCUCAUUGGCAGAUCUUCCCAAACUGCAGCAUCUUUCACUAGCUGGAAACCAGAUCGAUCUGAUCACUGAAAACAUGUUCGGAUCCAGCAGCUCUUCAGAAUUGAAAUCCUUGAAUCUGGCCCAUAACAAAAUCUAUACAAUCUCGAGUCGUUCUUUUUCCGAUUUGGAUAACUUGCAACAACUUCGGCUUAGUCAUAAUAACAUUCGAACUAUACCGUCCAUGACUUUUGCCAAUUUGAAAAAUCUACGCUAUCUAGAUCUAUCUCAUAAUAGAAUCAUCAAAAUUCUACCGAGUGCUCUAUACCAACUGCCAGCCCUCGAUGUACUUCAUUUGGAUCAGAACAACUUGAAUGAAAUCGAUCGAGACGCGUUCCGUUCUUUCGGCGAUCUUCAAACAUUCAAACUGUCUCACAACGCAUUCAGAAGAUUCAGUUGCGAGUUUUUGGGCAGCAUUACACAGAUACAUCAGCUGGACUUGAGUUCGAAUCAGAUCAAUGAAAUCGACGUGUCAUGUAUCGCUCGAGGUCUGAGGAAACUGUCUCUGGCAUCAAAUAGUGUUGAAAAAAUACAUAGGAAGCUGCUACAAGAUGCUACUGAACUGGUCUCAAUCGAUAUUUCUCAUAAUGGAAUUAUCGAUGUGGAUAGUGAUGCGUUUGCCGAGUGUCGAAAAUUAGCAGAUGUGAAGCUUUCGCACAAUUACAUCAGGAAUUUGUGGAAGGGCACUUUUCAAUAUCAGGUUGGACUAUCUUUUUUAUCAGUGCUAAAAGAGUUCAGUUUUCAGGAGAAACUCCAUUCUCUGGACAUUUCUUUCAAAAUCGUUGAUUCGUCCCAACUAACAUCAUUCGGAAAUUUAUCAGUUCUAUCAUUCGCCAAUAAUAAAGUGGACUCAAUCGAAGACGGAGCUUUUGAGAAUCUGUUGAGUUUGAAGAUCCUAGAUCUCUCUAAUAAUCCAGUGACUUCAUGGAGCCCCACAGCUUUCCGUGAUUUAAGCCACUCCAUAAGCUCCAUCAACAUGGCUAACACCGGUCUAUUUUCAAUGCCUAAAUUCAGUCAUCGGUCCAUUCAAUCGCUGAAUAUCAGCUGCAACAAAAUCUACGAGCUAUCGGAACGAGAUUUGGCACCACUGACCAAACUUGUGGCUCUCGAUAUCUCUCACAAUAAUUUGAAACAAGUCAGUCCUCUAGCAUUCGAACCUCUGAUUCAUCUAAAACAACUAAACAUCUCUGCCAACCCGAUCACUCAUCUUACGAAUGAUCACAUACAACAGCUAUAUCAACUAUACAACAUUCCUGACAUGGCUCGUCCUUAUCAAAUCAGCUCAAUACUUUCAAAUCUACCACCGUUACAUACGAUUUAUGUGGAUAUCAAGGAACCAGUUCUUGAUAGACAGUUCUACACAGCUGAUACAAGAUUACUACGACAUUUAGUAGUGUUCGGAAAGAACAUGACGCAGCUUGAUGUUGGCGCUUUUGCAACAGUUCGAGGAUUCAAGGUUCGAAUAGAAGUUCAUAACUCGUCUAUUCAAGAGUUUCCAACGAGAAUAUUCGAAACGCUGACAGGAAUCUCAAUUUUGUCGUUGAGUCUAACAGACAACAAAUUGACAACGUUCAACCCAUUCCAAACAGCAACAGCUCCAGUUGUGAAUCAACAUGGGACAAUUCUACAUUCCCUUGAGCUACAGAACAAUCCAAUCAACUGUGACUGCCAGUUUAAAUGGGUGGAUGAAUUCAUUCGUGUGACAAGUUUGCUAUCGGACCAUCACAAAUCUCAAGACUUUGAUAAAGUUGAGUGUGCUGAUUCACAAUCGUCAAACUUGGAAAGUUUCGCAUCAGCGGCGAACGAACUAUUCUCGUAUCGAAAGAAAACGACUCUUCUUUCAAAAUCAGAUGAUUUCGAUGUCGAGUGUGCAGUCAAGUUCAGUCGACAUAACUCCUUAUUUUUGUCGAUUAUAGUUUCAAUUUUCUUGCUAAUUCUGUGA